AUGCAAUGUGAAAUCGACGAGUUGAGGAGGGAAUUGCGUCAUGCUCGGCGAAGACGUUCAUCGCCUAGUUCGGAACCGUCUUCCGAAGAGACAGAUGGUGCUAGUUAUAGGCGGAGAUCUAGAACUCCACCCAGCGAGACCUUUUCCUAUGAAGAGGAGCACCACCAUAGACGUAGAUACAAAAGCCCACCUUGCAAAGGCUUGGGGAACGAUGCCAUGAACAAGGCGCUGAGUCAAGUUUCUAAGUCACCGUUCACACGGAACAUAGAAGAUGCGAGCCUUCCUUGGCGAUUUCAUCAACCCACAUUCACCAUUUAUAAUGGUCGGAUAAACCCAGUAGAACACGUUAGCCAUUUCAGUCAAAGGAUGGCUGUUCACUCCAAAGAUGAAGCCUUGAUGGUUCCUCAGCCUUUGGGAUCCUUAUUGUCUAUGUCAUUGUGGGAGGGUGAGACUCUGAAGGCUUAUUCAGAUAGAUACUGGGAGAUAUUUAACGAAAUAGAAGGAGAGUACGAUGAUGUGGCCAUUAACACUUUCAAGGCUAGUCUUCCAGCCAAGCAUGAUUUAAGGAAAUCCCUAACUGGUAAACCUGUUACUAGUGUACGCCAAUUGAUGGAUCGGAUUGACAAGUACAGAAGAGUAGAAGAAGACCAACUGCAAGGGAAAGGAAAGGCUAAGGUGAUCCCUCGGGGGAGGAGGGAUUUCAGGUCGGACCGGUACAAUAAUAACCGACCUCGAAAAGACUUUGUUGGGCAGUCAGGAUCUACCAACACUCAAGCGGUUAACGCUGUGUUUUGA